UCUCAUAUUGAUCCCAUUAUAACGAGACUGAGUGCGAAACCCGUAAGCAAAGUGUCUGAUUACCGUCCGAUGUAUUGCCACAAGUCUACUCUAUGCAAAAAAUACAAAUUAUCUCGACCCCCAACACUGGGAGUACAAGAGAGAAAGCUAUAUAUAGUACAGUAUCGAGUCCGUAUCCCUCUGACCAAACAAAUCAUAAUACGAAGAGAACGUCUGGAACGUCUAGAGCGUCGAGCUUGGAGUGGGAACAAAGCUGCCAAGAUGGAACGUAGCACCACGACUGCCGCCAGUGCAGAGGCGGUAGGCGGUCACGGAUGUAAAUACGAGGAGCAUCCCGAGGCCAAAAGGUACACCGGCAGAGAUGGGGAUCAUGAAGUGGGUAGUGGGUUGGUUCGUCCUGGAAAGGAGAACGAGUCGGCUUUACUCACGCUUCAGGAGGAGCUUUUCCAUCUGGCUGAGGCCGCUAAAGCCUGGACUCCAAUGCCGCCCGACCUGGAAUACAAUCGGGAACACGAUGAACGUGGCGUAGAGCGAGCCGUAAAGGAGGGCAAUGUAGAUGGAGAGCAAGGUCACGAUCGGCUCGAUCCCCUGUGCACUCGCACCAAACGCCUACGUCCUCAUCCUCUUUCGGUUCUUGGCGGGCGUGUUUGGGUCGUCGCCACUCGCCAAUGCGGGGGGUGCUAUUGCGGAUAUAUGGCCCGCGA